AUGCUGCAGGAGAAGGGCCUGUCAGAGAGCGAGGAGGCCUUCCGGGCCCCGGGCCCAGGGCUCGGCGAGGCCAGCACCGCCACCGCCACCGCCGCCGCCGGCCCCGAACCCGCGCUGGCGACCCCGGGCCUCAGCGGAGCAGCGCUCAGCAGCCCCCCGGGCCAGGGCGCCGACGUCGCCGCCGCCGCCGCCGCCGCCUCGGCCGAGCAGGCCAUCGAGAACAUCAAGGUGGGGCUGCAUGAGAAGGAGCUGUGGAAGAAGUUCCACGAGGCGGGCACCGAGAUGAUCAUCACCAAGGCGGGCAGGAGGAUGUUCCCCAGCUACAAGGUAAAAGUCACAGGCAUGAACCCCAAGACCAAGUACAUCCUGCUCAUUGACAUCGUCCCUGCCGACGACCAUCGCUACAAGUUCUGUGACAACAAAUGGAUGGUUGCAGGAAAGGCUGAGCCAGCCAUGCCGGGGAGGCUGUAUGUCCAUCCGGAUUCUCCCGCCACCGGGGCCCACUGGAUGCGACAGUUGGUCUCUUUCCAGAAGCUGAAGCUGACAAACAACCACCUGGACCCCUUUGGCCAUAUCAUCCUCAACUCCAUGCAUAAGUACCAGCCGAGGCUGCACAUUGUUAAGGCCGACGAGAACAAUGCCUUUGGCUCCAAAAACACAGCCUUCUGCACCCACGUGUUCCCAGAGACCUCCUUCAUCUCCGUGACCUCCUACCAGAACCACAAGAUCACACAGUUGAAAAUCGAGAACAACCCCUUUGCCAAGGGAUUCCGGGGCAGCGACGACAGCGACCUACGCGUGGCCCGCUUGCAGAGCAAGGAGUAUCCGGUGAUCUCCAAAAGCAUCAUGCGGCAGCGGCUCGUUUCCAGCCAGCUCUCGGCCAAGCCCGACGUCAGCCCCCUGCACAGUGCGCACCAGGCGCUGCAGCACUACCAGUACGAGAACGGGGCCCACGUGCAGUUCGCCACCGCGGAGCCCCAGGACCUGGCCCUCAACACCUUCCCGGCCCAGAGGGACUCCAGCCUCUUCUACCACUGCCUGAAGCGCAGAGCAGACAGUGCCCGCCACCUGGACUUACCCUGCAAGCGAUCCUAUCUGGAGACCCCCUCUUCGGUGGGGGACGAUCACUAUUUCCGGUCUCCCCCACCCUACGACCAGCAGAUGCUGAGCCCUUCCUAUUGCAGUGAGGUGACCCCCAGAGAGGCUUGUAUGUACUCCGGCUCAGGGCCCGAGAUCUCCGGGGUGUCUGCCGUGGACGACUUGCCCCCACCCCCGCUGAGCUGUAACAUGUGGACGUCCGUCUCGCCCUACACCAGCUACAGUGUUCAGACCAUGGAGACUGUGCCCUACCAGCCCUUCCCCGCACACUUCACUGCCACCACGGUGAUGCCUCGGCUGCCCGCCAUCCCCGCCCAGAGCGCCCAGCCACCAGGGAACGCCCACUUCAGUGUGUACAAUCCGCUGUCCCAGUCUCAGGUCCGAGAGCGGGGACCCUCGGCCUCCUUCCCUAGAGAGCGCGGCCUCCCUGCCGUGUGUGAGAGGAAGCCGCCCUCGCCGCACCUGAACGCUGCCAAUGAGUUCCUCUACUCGCAGAGCUUCUCCUUGACCCGGGAGUCGCCCUUACAGUAUCAUUCAGGAAUGGGGACUGUGGAGAACUGGACUGAUGGAUGACCUGACUACCUGUAUCCUUGACAGCCCCAGGACCAUGUCAGUCCAGUGUUGACCUCUGUGGGUGGCUGGCACUGUCAAGAAACACGGAAAGGA